AUUUAUUUUACGUCAAACUGUGACGUACGACAUGGCAACCGUUUACGAACAGUGGUGCAGUUUUUCGUUGUUUAUUUUGUUAGGUAUAAUAUUGCUGCCGAGACGUUACGUGUGCUAACGCAGUCUUAAACUUUAAUUUAUUAUUUGAAAGCUUUUGAGGAUUGUUUGGUCACAUAGUAAUGGUGGACAUGGUGAUAAAGGAAAAAUAAUGAAGUUUUGAGCGGCACGGCUGCGCGCGUUCACGAGGCGCCUCAGUUUUGCUUGAGAUUCGCAUAAGUGGACAGCAUCUGAAAUUAUUUUCAGUUUAAAAUUGUAUGCUGGAAAUGAUUUGAAAUAUAAACGCUUAAUCCAUGAAGCAAAGGUGGCCAUCUGGUGCAGCCUUGGGAAUUUCAAUAAUCUGAAAUGGAGAAAUACACAGCAAGUGUAUGGCCACGCCUGGAGCCCUUCCUGAUCGGGGUGAUUCCCGCAGCACCCCCAAGCAAGUUCAGCAUGCACUAUCUGCGCAAGAUGGCCUGUUAUGUUCGAUCCCGGGACGGCUGCUUCCCCAGGCUCGGCUGGCACAUGUGGCGACACAUCGCCUGUGGCAAACUGCAGCUGGCAGAGGAGAUCGCCUGGCUUUAUUUUGAAACUUUUGAUCUGUUAAUGCCUCAUACUUCAGAGAGGAGAUUAGAGUGGGCAGAAGCUCUGUCUCAAUGCCAGACUCCUAAAGAACUUGAGAGGCAGCGUGGUAAGUUGUCAGUGGACACGCUGCAGUUCCUGCUCUUCCUGUAUCUGCAGCAGCUGAACCGAAUCUCUCUACGCACAUCACUGAUAGGUGAAGAGUGGCCAAGUUCACGAUCACCCUCUUCCUCCUCUGAGAGAGAAACCAAAAUGAGCUCCCAAAAUAAGAACUGGGAUGACCAGGCUCAUCUCGUUUUUAUCCAAACACAUCUCUCUGAGCUCUUGGAAUUACUGUUGGAGCCCGGGCAACUGAGCAGUUCAGGACAGAUUCAGCGUGACAGCCAGCUCACUCCAGAAGCCCUGGAGAGCCUCAGUCUGCUGCUGGAAGGAUCUGUGAGCUCCAGCCGUAACGUGUAUCCUAUCCACAAGCUCCUUAGCCGCACACCGCUUCAAUCUCCAGCUGGAUUCUCCAAACUCAGCCGCACUUAUUCUCUGCAGCAGUUUGAGGGCUUUCUGCGUCAGUCACUCUGUCUCAACCCUUUUGGCAUAUCCUCCUUCCCGCAGUCAGGCAAGAAACUGGCAUGGGCCCUUCAAGUAGAGGGCAUCCUGAAGAAAGCCAAAAUAUUCAGGAACACGCACCUGGCUCCACUAGGAAGUCGACUGGUGCUCUUGUCACAAGUUUGCAAACAGACCUUGGCCAAGGACUCUGAGAAGCUGAAUAAUGCCAAUGUCAAACUGCACCGUUGCAGUGAUGCAUUCAUCUACCUUCUUUCCCCUCUGAGGUCUGUGACCCUGGAUAAAUGCAGGAAUAGCACAGUGGUGCUGGGCCCGGUGGAGACCAGCGUCCAUAUUCAGAGCUGUGAGAAUGUUCGUGUGGUGUGUGUCGCUGGUCGUCUGAAUCUAGGUGCCUCCUUUCAAUGCACAAUCCACGCUCUAACUCCGACACGACCCCUCCUUCUUCCCGGGAAUAUGUCCCUGACUCUGGGUCCCUUCCACACACAUUACCCCACCCUGGAGGACCACAUGGCUAGCGUGGGUCUAGCAGUGGUUCCCAAUUUAUGGGACCAGCCACUGCUGUUCGGAGCAGAGGGUUCUGCCCCAGACAAGAGUUGCUUUCGCAUCCAGCCCCCCUCUGAGUUUAAUCCAUUGGUGAUACCCUUUCAGAUGAAAGGGGACAACUGUGAGAUCCCUUGGGCUUUGCCGGCAGAUUACCAGAAGGCAGUGGAGAGCAGAGAGCAGACAGUUCAGGAAUGGCAGAAGACUGUGAAGGAUGCACACUUGAAUAAGGAUCAGAGACGUCAGUUUCAGGCUUUAGUAGAGCAAAAGUUUCAUGAGUGGUUGCUCGAGACGGGACAAAGACAAGAGCUGGAUAGUCUUCUUCCUCCUACUCUCACCUCUUCUACCUCGGUGGACCAUUGGCCUUCCAGCCACACCUCCAACUCUGCACUUCAUCCACUGAAAGAUCAAUCACCUGAACAGGCAGUGGGACAAACACCUACUGUUUGCUAAGACAAUAGCUAAAACAUUUGGAGCUUCAGUCAUGUGUAGCUACGGUUCCCCUUCUUUUCCAAAAAAAUUAUCAAUUAAUGCUGUAAGGGUUCGAAAAUGGUCAACAUUGUUGUUGUAAGGCAUUUGUAGGAUUAUGAAUAUUUCUGUAGAAAUGUUGUAUGAAUUGUUUUUAUGAUCUGGACAGGGACAUUGUGUCCCUUCAUGCUGUAAUUGGCAUUUAGCUGGUACUUGCACCUUUAGCCUUACAUUAGUACUUUAGGAGAAAUCUAUGCUGGAGUUGGUAGAUUCUGUAAUAUGUAUUAUUGCUUUGUGUACGAUACUUUACGUCAAAAACUGUAUUAUGCUACUUUUUGUUACAAGACACAUGACUGUAGAGGUUUAUAUGCCUUUGGCACCAAAUUGUUUUUGUUUAAUUAAACCAGGUAAGGGAACCUCAUAAAUAUACAGGGAACAGAGAUGAGAUGUGGAUGUGUCGGCAUGUACUGUAAUUAUUGACAAACAUGUGGACUUAUUCCAUAUGCUCACUGAAGAGUUUGCAGCUAUUUUUCCUUAUUUUCAGCCAGUAUGAAUUAAAUAUAUAUUUUUGUUGCUGUC